AUGGAAAGGAUCGUGGGAGGUAAAUUCAAGCUUGGUCGUAAAAUCGGUAGUGGAUCGUUUGGUGAAAUUUUCCUCGCUACGCAUAUUGAUUCGUUUGAGAUCGUCGCCGCCAAAAUUGAGAAUAAUAAGACUAAACAUCCUCAACUUCUGUACGAGGCCAAGUUGUACAAUAUGCUCCAAGGAGGAAGUGGGAUACCUCAUAUAAAAUGGUCUGGUGUGGAUGGUGAUGACAACGUUCUGGUCAUGGAUUUGCUGGGUCCUAGUUUGGAAGAUCUCUUUGUCUACUGUGACCGGAAGCUUUCAUUGAAGACUGUUUUAAUGUUGGCUGACCAGAUGAUUACCAGAAUUGAAUAUGUACACUCUAAAGGCUUUCUACACAGGGAUAUUAAGCCUGACAACUUUCUGAUGGGUCUUGGUCGAAAAGCAAAUCAGGUUUAUGUUAUUGAUUUUGGUCUUGCUAAAAGAUAUCGUGAUGCGACUACAAAUCGCCAUAUUCCUUACAGAGAGAACAAAAAUUUAACGGGAACUGCACGUUAUGCCAGUUGUAAUACUCAUCUCGGAAUUGAGCAAAGCCGGCGGGAUGAUUUAGAAUCUCUUGGAUAUGUCCUACUUUAUUUCUUGAGAGGCAG